GCCACACCCCCUCCUUGGCCGGCCCGGGCGCAGCCAUUUUAAUUCAUAUCUGAGUGGGCGGUGGCGGUUCUUGUUGGCGGUCUGGCUCCGCAGGGCAGGGGGCAAUUUUAGUUGUCUGGGGGUGGCUUUUAGUUUAAUUUUUCUUUUCUAGCUUGGCAUCGCGGGCCAGUUCGCACGUUCUAGUCGUCUGAGGCCAUGUCAGGAGACGGAGCCACGGAGCAGGCAGCUGAGUAUGUCCCAGAGAAAGUGAAGAAAGCCGAAAAGAAAUUAGAAGAGAAUCCCUAUGACCUUGACGCUUGGAGCAUUCUCAUUCGAGAGGCACAGAAUCAACCUAUAGACAAAGCACGGAAGACUUAUGAACGCCUUGUUGCCCAGUUCCCCAGUUCUGGCAGAUUCUGGAAACUGUACAUUGAAGCAGAGAUUAAAGCUAAAAAUUAUGACAAGGUCGAAAAGCUAUUUCAGAGAUGCCUUAUGAAGGUUUUGCACAUUGAUUUAUGGAAGUGUUAUCUUUCAUAUGUCCGAGAAACCAAGGGUAAACUACCAAGUUACAAAGAAAAAAUGGCUCAAGCAUAUGACUUUGCACUGGAUAAAAUUGGAAUGGAAAUUAUGUCUUAUCAGAUUUGGGUGGAUUACAUCAAUUUCUUAAAAGGCGUGGAGGCUGUUGGAUCUUAUGCAGAAAAUCAGAGAAUAACAGCUGUUCGAAGAGUUUAUCAACGAGGUUGUGUUAAUCCCAUGAUCAACAUUGAACAACUGUGGAGAGACUAUAACAAGUAUGAAGAGGGUAUCAAUAUUCAUUUAGCUAAAAAAAUGAUUGAAGAUCGGAGUAGGGAUUACAUGAAUGCUAGGCGGGUAGCAAAGGAAUAUGAGACAGUAAUGAAAGGUUUGGACCGCAAUGCUCCCUCAGUGCCUCCUCAGAAUACUCCUCAAGAAGCUCAGCAGGUAGAUAUGUGGAAGAAGUACAUACAGUGGGAAAAGAGCAACCCUCUUCGUACAGAAGAUCAGACCCUUAUAACUAAAAGAGUUAUGUUUGCUUAUGAACAGUGCCUGCUUGUGCUGGGCCAUCACCCUGAUAUUUGGUAUGAAGCUGCCCAGUAUCUUGAGCAGUCAAGUAAACUGUUAGCAGAGAAGGGGGAUAUGAAUAAUGCCAAAUUAUUUAGUGAUGAAGCUGCUAAUAUAUAUGAAAGAGCAAUAAGCACUUUAUUAAAGAAGAAUAUGCUUCUUUAUUUUGCAUAUGCAGAUUAUGAAGAGAGUCGCAUGAAGUAUGAGAAAGUUCACAGUAUAUAUAACAGACUUCUGGCAAUUGAGGAUAUUGACCCCACCUUGGUAUAUAUCCAAUAUAUGAAAUUUGCAAGAAGAGCAGAAGGUAUUAAAUCUGGAAGAAUGAUAUUUAAAAAAGCAAGAGAAGAUACCAGAACCCGCCACCAUGUCUAUGUUACUGCAGCACUCAUGGAGUAUUACUGUAGUAAGGACAAAUCUGUUGCCUUUAAGAUUUUUGAGCUGGGGCUAAAGAAAUAUGGAGACAUUCCAGAAUACGUCCUGGCCUAUAUUGACUAUCUUUCUCACCUCAAUGAGGACAAUAAUACUCGAGUUUUGUUUGAACGAGUUUUAACAUCUGGAAGUCUUCCACCUGAGAAGUCUGGAGAAAUCUGGGCCCGAUUUUUAGCUUUUGAAAGUAAUAUUGGUGAUCUAGCUAGUAUACUCAAAGUGGAGAAAAGACGGUUUACAGCAUUCAAAGAAGAGUAUGAAGGCAAAGAAACAGCUUUACUGGUAGAUAGAUACAAGUUCAUGGAUUUAUAUCCCUGCUCUGCAAGUGAACUAAAAGCGCUUGGGUAUAAGGAUGUCUCCCGUGCUAAGCUAGCAGCUAUAAUUCCAGACCCAGUUGUAGCUCCUUCUAUAGUGCCUGUUCUGAAAGAUGAAGUGGAUAGAAAACCAGAAUACCCUAAACCAGACACUCAGCAGAUGAUUCCAUUUCAGCCACGACAUUUAGCACCUCCGGGCUUACACCCUGUCCCGGGUGGAGUGUUCCCAGUACCACCUGCAGCAGUUGUUUUAAUGAAACUUCUCCCUCCUCCUAUUUGUUUCCAGGGUCCUUUUGUACAAGUGGAUGAACUGAUGGAAAUUUUCCGAAGAUGCAAGAUACCAAAUACAGUUGAAGAAGCUGUGAGGAUCAUUACUGGAGGAGCCCCAGAGCUAGCUGUAGAAGGCAAUGGCCCGGUGGAAAGUAAUGCAGUACUCACCAAGGCUGUCAAAAGGCCCAACGAAGAUUCAGAUGAAGAUGAGGAAAAGGGAGCUGUCGUUCCCCCUGUUCACGACAUUUACAGAGCAAGGCAGCAGAAGCGAAUUCGGUGAAGCAGGCACAGAACCUGCCUCUGAAAGAAAACUCCUAUCCAGGAUUCCUUUGCCUCUUAAGUCAUAUGUUUAAAAGAGACAAUGCUUUGUUACAGAGUUCUUGGAAACAAAGUUGUAUUGUCAUUGGUGCCUCUAUUCAUAUGCUUCUUGAGAAAAACCAACCAACCUAUGUGAAUUUUAGGAUUUGGAACAGACCUAUGCUCUAAGCAAAAUUAGGUUUUCAAAAAUGUGAGAACAGUACAAAGUGGCAGAACCACAUUUUGUUCCCGCUUCAAGGGUGUCUUGUAUGUACCACUUGAAGACUUGUGGGUUUUCAACAGUUUUAUUUUAAAAACUGGAUGGCUUAUGAUUGUAAAGCAUUUUAUCACAUUUUCUGAAAACAAAAGCUGUUCUUGGUUUGCUUAUGUAGAGUCCUGCCUUAUUGUUUGUUUUAUUUAUGGCAGAAUGUACGGAAUCGGUUUUGUAGUUUAAAAUUUUAAAAAACAAUCCUUUAAAAAAUAAAAGGAUCUCAAAAAA